AUGGCUAGUUCAAAUCAAUCAGAAAUUUAUCAAACUAAUCAAAGUCAACUAAGUAUAUCAUCUAUUUUAAAAUUCUUCAUAGACCAUUGGCAGAUUUUGUUAAUACUAAUCGCAGUUUCAUUGAUCAAUUACAAACUUUUACAAAUACUAACGAUUUGUUUCAAGUUUACUCUUAAAAAAUGGUGCUUAUCUAAACGGAAAACACUUCGUAAAGCUGGUGAAUGGGCAGUUGUCACUGGUGGAUCGUCAGGUAUUGGUGAAGCAUAUGCAGAAGAACUAGCCAAAGAAGGUCUCAAUAUCAUGCUUAUUAGUAAUGAUGAAGAACAACUAUCAGCCGUCUCUAAUCGCAUAGCAAAUACCUACAAUGUUCAAACACGAAUUGUGGUUGCAGAUUUCACUAAAGAUGAUGUUUAUGAGAUAAUAAGACCUGCUGUUGACCAAUUGUCUACAAUAGCUUGUUUAGUGAAUAAUGUUGGUAUGGCGUUACCCUUUGAAUUGUUUGCUGGAGAAGUUGAUUCCCCGAAUGAAGAAUCCAUUAGAAAGAUCAUUGAUUGUAACAUUUUGUCUACAGUCAUGAUGACAAACAUCAUUCUGCCAAAAAUGUUAACACAGAAAGGACCUAAUCCUGGUAUCAUCAACAUUGGAUCUUAUGCAGGUUUGAAAGUGUUUCCUCAUGCUACAAUGUACUCUUCAACCAAAGCAUCCAUUAUUCAUUUUUCUAAAUGUUUGGCUGCAGAAAAGUAUCAAAAGAAUGUGAUUAUACAAGCGAUUUGCCCAUUAUUUGUAUCUACAAAGAUGAGCAAUUCCAUGAAAACCACAUUUUUCAUACCGACUGCUGAAGUCUUUGCUAAAAGUGCAUUGGAUAUGUUUGGUGUUGAACAACAAACUACUGGUUAUAUUCGACAUGAUUUAAAAGCAUAUCUUUAUGAUUUGUUACCGACAUCAGUUCGUAUACUAAUCAUAAAAGCAAUAGCGAAUUCCUCACGAAAAAAAGUUUGA